UCUGAUCGUGUCAUUACAGUAUUAUUUUUUUUUAUAUUGUUAUUGGUUUUAAUUGAAUAAGACUAAAUUCAUAUUGGACUGGAAGUCUUUGAAUGAUCCGCUGUGUUAUGCUCAUUCUGUGAACCUUUGUCUUGUUUUCCUAAGUAUUUACUUUUGAUGCUGUAGUACAUACUUAUUUAGCAAAGAUGAUUAUUUUUCUUAGUGAACUACAAAAGGACCAUUUGCGGUUGUUGCAUCAACACUCUACUCAAGUGUUGGUUGACUUUUGCAAACUUGCCAUUGAUUUUUUAAAUAAUGGAAUUAAUCAGAAGAAAUACUCUAUAGCUGCAGAAAAGCUGAAUGUGUCAUCAACAGCUAUACAGAAUCUGGUCCAUGCAUUGACUUCUUUGAUUGUAGAAGGAUGCAAGCAUAAUUUAUUAGAGACCGACUUCAAGUCUUCGUUGGCAAUAGCAGGCUUCACAGAGGAGCAGAGUGAGGUAUUGAUGAAGUUUUAUAGUACAAAGAAAACUGAGUUAUCUGAGGCCCUGAACCUGCUUCAAAUAAAGGAUCCAAGCUAUCAAGAUUUAAUAUGGAGAUUCGAAAUUCAGGUAGCAUCAAGGAUUAGCAAUGAAGAAGUGAGACCUACUAUUUUAAUAGAUUUUGUGUUAUCAAUGCCUAAACCCUUCGGUAAAACCCAAGCUGAUAAGAAGAAUAAUGAAGAUACAUAUAAUGUUUAUCAGACAACAAAUAUGCCUAUCCAAAGUGCCAAGACCGCUCGUCAAUGUCAACAUACAAUUCAACACAUCCUACUGCAAUGCAACUUGUCUAACCUCGUGCAUUUAGCAAAUAAGUUGGACAUUGCCUUAAAAGAAUCAAAAACACAACAUGUGCGUAAGGUCCAGAGAGCUUUACAAUAAAAAUAAAACACAAGUACCUA